AUGCAGAUGGAUCCUACUGAAAAAGCCAUCGUUAAUGCAAAUUUGAAGAACAGCGUCAUUAAACAGUUCUACUCAGCGAGCUCUUCCUGUCCAAUGGGAGCCCAGAUGGAGCUGUCGUCUGAGCGCUGCCUCUGGCUCUCCACACAGGCUGCAUCCUGGUCCCAGGCCCUGGACUCAUGCAGACGUCAGGGAGGAGAUGUGGCCAACGCUAACACCAUCCAACUGCAGAGCUUCAUCCACCACUCUUUCCUAGUAAAAGGCAGUGAGUGGAUCUGGGUCCAGAGCACACAGAGUGGACUGACUCCAUCGUGGCAGGACAGAGGACAAACAGAGGGAAUGUGCCCACAGAUCACUUUAGGAAUACUGGGAAGAAACAGGAAAUCUGUGUGUGCUGGACAAUACCGCUUCCUCUGUGAGAAACUCCUGACAGAUGUGUUGCCGUCUCCAGACAGCUUCCUGACGGGCCUGGUCCUCAUGAGUGGAGUCUAUGCACAAACACAAGUCCAGGUGCUCUCGAGGCCAGCUGAUGUGGCACAGAAUACUGUGGAGAUGCAGUUGUUCCCAGGCCUAUGGUUCAGUCAUGCUGGCCAGCUCUUCUCUGUGGAGUUGGUGGUCCAGCCCAGUGCAGAGGUGACCCAGGCUCGAGUCCAGAUCCUCCGGCCAUACUGCAGCCCUGACCUCCACCUCGUACCACCAGGUUGCAUAUCUCUGCUGAACCCCUUCAGUGCCUGUUCUGCUGUGCCUCUGUGUAACACCACUGGUGGCUGUGGCCUGGCCCUGCACUGGUGCCCCCUGUUGGAGACCUGCAUACCCAGCACCCGGCCCUGUAGUCCUUAUGACCCCGCAGCCCAAAGGCGUGGGUUCACUCUGCCACCCAGGCACCCCUCCUCUGCGGGCGCACCCCUGUAUCACCUGGCAGCAGAUCUACCCCUGACUGUAAGCGCCAGCCCCCAACCAACUACGCUCAGUUUGCUUCUCCCCUCCAAACCAAUCAUGGUUUAUCCGGACGACAUCGUGGCCAUCCAACACACCCGCUCUUCCGGAUCCUUCCUCCACUGCACCUCCCCCUUAUCCUCUCCGGACUCCCCCUGGCGUCAAAGCUACCUGUCCCUAAGCGGGCCAGACUGGGGAGGCUGGCUCGAAGGUGGUCUCACGUCACUCUCCCACGGCGCUCAAUGGGUCGAUGAAGUCAUUUGCGAUCUGAAGAUAACAUACAUGAACACGCUUCACCACGGAACAGAAUUUGGGGAUUUCUUCAGCUAUACUGAGACGACAACGCUGUCUGAUAUGGCUACUUCUGUUCCAGGUUUUCAUCCCACAUUUGGUUUAACGGUUAUCCAUCCAGCGCCAGAUGCAAACAACAAAAUUCAUGUUCAAAUUAAUGUCCCGAUUCUUGUUGUAGUAAAGAUCAAGUUUGGAGAUGAUGCUAGAAGUUUAUGGUCUGGUCCAGUGCUCCAGUCAGAUGUUGCUUUUGUACAAGUUUGUCCCAAAGAAGUAGCGCAAAUGUUGCCGUAUUGUGUUGGAUCUAAAGAUGCUUGGUUUUCCUCUGCGACCUUGAUGGUGCAUUCAGUGGGGGAACAGACCAUGGGUAUUACAGUGGUGCGUUCAAAGACAUCGGAAAGUUUGGAAGUGAAAGUGUUGGGGUAUGAAGCUGUGGCUGGACUGAGUGUUGAACCGCGUGGAUGCACCAGGAUCAUUGUAAAUACAGGACAGAUGUAUGCAGCCAAAGUGGAGAGUGGGACCUCUGUAAAUUUCACAUGGUUGUUGGACGACCUCCGUGACUCAGCACAUGAAGGAGCAACAUAUAAUGUCAUUCUGAAGAAAGUGGCUCAAUACCAACUCAAAGUCACAGCAUCUAACCCAGUCAGUUCACAAAUCCGGUCCUUCCUCCUCACUGCUGAAGAGGUGAUCCCAUUUUCCAGCCUUGAGUUUAUGUCUCUCAGUGAGAUCAUGGCUGUCAACUCCACACAACUGUUCACUCUGAAGGUCAAUGUGGAUAUCUCCCUGCCUCUGAAAUUCAGAUGGGAUUUCAAUGACAGCAGAGGCAGCAGUAUAAUCCACAGUCAUUCUGCCCUUUGUGAGAAGAUAGAAGGUCUGGUGGACAGUGGAGUUAAAGCAACAGACAUUUUGGACUCUGUGAACUAUACCUUCAGUGAACCAAAUAUCUUUACCGUGACUGUUGAAGUUGUCAACCAAUAUUCAAAAUUGGAACUUUCAAAGAAGAUUAGCGUUCGAGAUAAGUUACAAAAGAUAAUUGUUACUGCCUCCCCUGUGGUGCCUGUUGUCAACCAGAUUUUGCUUCUGGAAGCUUCCACUGAACCUAAAUCAAACAAUAUUCUCUACACUUGGGACUUUGGUGAUAGUUCCAGUGCGGUUCUCGACAACAAAAUUACUCAUACGUUUGGAUCUCCUGGACACUAUAAUGUAACCAUAUCUGCCAAUAAUUGGGUUUCUGUUGUGAAUUCCUGGAUAUUGGUGGAAAUUAUGGAAAAAAUUACUGGAUUAGUUAUCAAUUACAAUGGACCAGCUGAAAUGAACACGCCAAUGGAUUUUAAAGCAGAUGUUCAAACCGGGACAAGCCUCAGUUGGAAGUUCGACUUCGGGGAUGGAUCGUACCAAGACAACCUUAGACAUGGUUCAGUUUCUCAUAUCUACAAAGCUCCGGGGAACUAUACUGUUGGAGUUACAGUUUCCAAUUUUGUCAGUGAAAUCUAUCAUUCUGUAAUUGUGGAAGUCUUCAAGCUUGAAAUCCAUGGUAUUUUACCAACUGGGUGUGUCAUGGCUGGACAAACUAUCCAUCUUGAAGCACUGGUGGGUGGUGGGAAUAUCUCUACGUUAACUUUUCAUUGGUCAUUUGGAGAUGGCAAGCCUGUAAGUGUAGUGACUGGGAAUUCUUCAACGACGUAUUUAUUAAAAAAACACGGAUUAUUUAAUUUGAAUCUUACAGUAAUUAGUCGUGUCUCGAGCACAUCAUUUAGGGCAGAUUUAUGUGUUGAAAACGUCAUUGCCAAUGUAGAUUUAAAGCAAAGUAAAUCUGUAGUUGCAGUUGGGGUAGAAGCUUGCUUUGAAGCCAUAGUUAAUCCCGAUAUUCCAAAUGGUUUGCAGUAUGAAUGGACGGACAGUGCAAUUACUUCCAUGUCAGAAUCCAAUGAAAAGUGUUUUGUCUUUAAUAAGGAAAGUACUGAAGAAGUAGCUGUCUUGGUUAGCAAUAGUGUGAGCAAAAAGAUGGGCAAAGCUUUUAUCACAGUUCAGAAACCUGUAGGAAAGUUUUUGGUGGAAUAUGGCCCAAAAUCAGUGAUUAUCGUUAAUUCAGAGACAGAAUUUUGGGUUGCAAAUUGCAGUGGGAGUAAUGUUACUGUUCAGUGGGACUUCGGAGAUAGUUUGCCAAUGGAAACUGGCAAGAAUGUGUCACAUGUUUUUGCGUCUACUGGUCAAUUCAUUGUCAUUGCAAAAGCUAGUAAUUUAGUCAGUCAAGAGUUGGUGAGGAUUCAAGUUAGCGUUUUACCUCCUGUUUCUGAUUUAUCCAUUCAUACAAAACAAAUGUAUGUAGCAACAGGUGAAGAAACAAUCUUUACAGCAGUUAGCGGUUCCAUAAGUAGCACAAACUAUUAUUGGACUGUGCUUGGUGCGAUGUCAUCCACGCAAGGAACAUAUGAGUUUAAGUUCACGUUUGCUAAACCAGGAUCGUAUCAAGUUAAAGUAGUAGCACAGAAUUUAGUGAGCACAAGGGAGGCGACCAUUACUAUUGACGUUUUUGAAAGAAUUGCCGGUCUGGAGAUUGGUUGUGCUAGUUUGACUGAUUUAAAGUACAUACCAACUAAUGAAGAAGUACAGUUUUAUGCUUUUAUUAGCAAAGGAUCUAGUGUUACUUACAACUGGCUUGUUACGCAGCAUGGAGAAAGUAUUAAAACUACAGUGGAAGCAGAAAUUUUGCGGUUGGCGGUUCAAAAUCCAGGAGAAGUAGUGAUUAAAUUGAGAGCUGAAAACAAUCUAGGAGGUGCCACGAGCAAUAUUACUGUUGUAGCAAUAGAACGUGUAAAAGUGUACGAGACGGAUGAACAAAAAUACAUUGUACCAUUAGGACAGCAGAUUAAUAUUUCUGUAGUAUUAACAGGUUCUGACUUGCGUUAUUCAUGGUAUAUCUGCUCAGAUCAAUCUCCAAUCCAAACGCAAGUUCCAUUCCUUUUUCACAGUUUUACAAAGCUAGGCACUGUUAGCAUUGUCGUUUCUGUUCAAAAUGUCCUCAGUCAGUGUAAUGUCUCUAAAGUGUUUGACGUUCAAGAGGAAAUUCAAGAUGUCAGUUAUACAGUUGGUGGGAAGGUGGCACCAUUUUAUGUCAAAACGAACUCUAGCGUUGUGUUUAGUGGGCAUGUAAAGAAGGGUAGUAACCUGUAUUGGCAUUGGAAUAUUCAAGAAGGUAGUCCAUACUAUUUUAAUACUUUUGACCAAUUUUUUACACAUACUUUCCAGAAAUAUGGAAUCUAUUCUGUAUCGUUAAAUGUUUCCAAUGGACUUAGCUAUAAGAUGAUCGCAGACAGUUUGACAGUACAAGAUGGAAUUGUAGGGCUUGCUCUAAAUGUCAGCAAGUUCUCUCUGUGCGUUAAUGAUGGAGCCACUUUUACGCCAACUAUUUUGCAUGGAACUAAUGUAAGCUAUGUUAUUACACUCAGAAACAAUGACGUUAAUAAGAGUUAUGAUUUUGUUGAAGAGUAUACAACAUCUAGCCUUGCAAUCGGUACACAUUUAGUUAUAAUGAAAGCUUGGAACCAGGUUGGCAUUGCUGAGGUAUCGACGACUGUUGCCGUACAUGAGCGCAUUCAAGGUUUGAGAUUUGUAAAUUGUUGUUUGGUGAUUUUAGAAGCUUUGAAAGAACUUGUUUUUACAGCGACCGUUGAAAAUACAUACUCUGUCAACUACACAUGGAUAUUUGAAAUGAAUGGAUAUGAACAGACAAAGUUAUUGGGACAAGAUGUGGUUUUUACUCCUCCAAAUGCUGGCGUUUUGAGAAUAACUGUGGUUGCUAGCAAUGAUGCGUGCAGCGAGAAGCUAACUGAGAAUGCUACUGUUGAAAUGCCAGUGAAGAUGAUUGACCUUAGCAGUGAUUUUGAAGAUGUUUUUCUGAAUUACGUCACCACUUUUACUGCAAAAGCAAAUGGAAGCAAUUUGAAUUACCAAUGGGAUUUUGGAGACACUUGUAAGAUAGUGCUAACAAACGCAAGCAAAGUCAGUCAUACUUAUUACAAGGCAGGGAAAUAUGUUGUUACGGUUACGGUUUUUAACAGUGUUGGCAAGGUUUCACAACAGCUUUUGGUGGAUGUACGGAAAAUAGAAUGUUCAAAUCCGCAAAUAUCGAUUGUCCCUAGUCAUAGUGUUAUUUCCAUGUCAAGACCAAGUUACUUUGAAGCAAUUGUGCGUAACAGUUGCUCCGCUUAUAAAACCACUUACUUAUGGGAGAUUUUUGCCUGCACCAACCUGAUAAUUACCGGAAAAAGAGCCAACUUCCAAACCAAAGUGGAUGCAACUUCACCUUUCCUCCAGCUUCCAAAGCACUCUCUGGAUGUGGGGCAAUAUUGCUUGGUUUUUACUGCUUUCUAUAAAGGGACACCAGUUUAUGUCCAACAUAAUACCAGUGUUACAGUGGUCCAUUCGCCGUUAGUGGCUGUCAUUAAGGGGGGCUCAGACCGAACGUGGCCCAGCAACAGAGACCUUGUACUGGAUGGAGGGCAGUCCCGAGACCCUGAUGUGGAACCAGGCAUGGAGAAUGAGCUAGAGUAUGACUGGACAGUCCAUACACAGAACUCCACAAACCAACAUUUAGAACAAGCCUUUGGCCGAAACACCAAUAAAAUGACUGUACCCAGCACCCACCUUCACCCUGGGUGUAUUUAUCUGAUCACCCUCACAGUGCAUAAGCCAGGGAGGAAACCUGCCUCUGCCAGCCAGACUGUAAUGGUGACUGAGACCUCAGUUCUGCUGACAGUAGAGUGCACAUCUUGCCUUGCACAGCCCUCCCCUCACGUGAGCUCCACACGACCCCUAAAGCUCCUUGGACUGUGUCCCGUGUGCAGUGACCAAGCUCAGUACAAAUGGACCUUUACAGACGUGAGUGGAAGAAACAUUGACUUAAAUGAGAUCUCUACUGAAAGCUCUUCUGCAAAGCUGGUGGUGCGUUCAGGUGCACUGGAUCCAGCAGACACUUACAUCUUCACCCUGAGUAUAUCUGAGCCACAGAGGGGUCAGUGGGGCCGCUCCAGUCUGACCCUCCUCCCCACCCCCACACCCCAGGGAGGGCAUUGUGAGCUCAGUCCAGAGCAGGGCAUACUGUUACUGGACACAGUGGUCACUUAUAACUGCUCAGAGUGGCAGCAUGGUGACAAUGAUGGUGAAUCUGCUCAGUUAAUCUAUUCCUUCCAAGUGGUCCUGUGCUCCUCGUGUCCUGUGAUAACUCUGUACAGGGGAAUGCGCUCCACAUUUGGCAGUGUGGUUCCAAUUGGAAAUCAAAGCCAAGAGAAUGAAACAUCACUCCUUACUGUCUUACUUUUAAUAGAAAACAGCCUGGGUGCAAAGAUCACAGCUCUUAACAGGACAUUGGAAGUCAGAAAUCCCAUUGACAAUUCUAGUAAGUGGCUGAGAAGCAAAGCUCAGACUGAACUACGCUCCCUAGUCCAACAUGGAAACCCCCAAGAGAUCAUCCCAUACUCCAUGGCACUGUUAAGUCAUCUCAACCAGGUUGAGCCACGAAAUUUCCAGGAGAUCCAGGAGAGGAGAGAAAUGCGCCAAAAUGUGACCCAAGUCCUGUCCUCUCUCUCUGUUUCGUCUCUGAACGAUGCCGCCCAAAUCAGUUCAGCUUUGAUGCAGUCCACAGCUGUCCCCAGUGAGUUGGACAGUGCACUUUGCCAGGAGAGGGUUCUGGAAGCCGUGGAAAGAAUGAUCCAGGCGAUGGAAGCUGAACAUGAAGACGAUUUCACUGCCGUCCAAACAGGAAGCAACAUCGUCAAUAUAAUUGGUAACACAUUGGCAGCGGUUUCUAAGUCCACCAGUGAAUCCAGUUCAGCGCUCUCCCUAUCAGCUCUGGCCAAAACUAGAUUUGUAGUACGCACUUUAACACAGUCACAUGACCAGCCUGAUACCCCUCUGUCAAUCUCCACGCCAUAUAUCCGUGCACUUGGUUUUCACGGCGACCCCUUGAACCUCCUCUGCACCGGACAAUCCAACCUUUACAAUUCAUGCCAGUUUGAAAUCCCAGAAUCCCUUUUGCAAGACCUUAAAGAGCAAAACAAUUCUCAACUAGUGCAGGUCAUGUUCGGCAUUGGCAACGCUUUGGAGUCCAAUCCGUUGCUAACAGCAGCCGACCCGCCCAUAACGACAGAUGUUGUUGCCAUGGAGAUUAGUACGCCAGACGGGCAGCCGGUUAGCGUUCAGGAUUUGGAGGCGGAGCGGGCGAUAAGGGUCACGCUGCCCAGGAAGAAUCACAUCAGAAACAAAAAUGAGACAUGCCUCGUAAUGUCUCUGUCCCAAGAGGAGAAUCAGAUGAAUUUCACUGUGAAAGAUUUGAAGGCGCUUGAUGCAAAUGCGGGGGUCUAUAUGGCCUUCAACUUCAGCUUAGUCUCAGGAGCGCGCGCGGUGAGCCAGCUCCAUGUGCUGGUAGCUCUGAGCUCUACUGAAGCAGAAGAAAAUGCACCCGCCAGCUCCAUGGUGACAGACUGGGCCCUAUCACUGCCCACACCAGUCUCCUUCACUGAGAGAACCAUCUUCCUCUCCCCACUUGCCCUUUGCUUCUUCUACAACCACACACAGGGCCGAUGGAGUAGCGAUGGUCUGAGGCCACUGGAGGGCGCCACGCUCCACCAGGCCCACUGCCUUACCCAGCAUCUCACCAUGUUCGGGGCCAGUAUGUUUGUGCAUCCUGGAGCUGUAGUGCUGCUGCCACCGUCUGGAGGGCCGGUGCUCACCCUGCUGGCCGGUGUGGUGUGUGCAGUCCUGGCAUUGCUCCACCUGCUGUUGGGGCUGGUGUGUCACAGGCUGGACCACUGGGACCGCGUUCGACUCAGCCAAGUCCCUCUGUGUGGAAGACCUGGACUCUACCACUACAGAGUGCUCAUCAAGACCGGGAGGAGGCCUGGAGCAGGCACCACAGCUCAUGUUGGUAUCAGCCUGUUCGGAGUGACCAGGAGCGGCUCUGUGCACCUGCAGAGGGAGGGGGCGUUCCAGAGGGGGGGCCUGGACCAUUUUCACCUGGAGAGCCCGGUCAGCCUGGGGGAGGUGUGGAAGAUCCGAAUCUGGCACGACAACACAGGGUUGGACCCGUCGUGGUUCGUGCAGCGCGUGGUGGUGUGGGACCCUCAGACUGAUUCCAUGUUCUUCUUCUUGGUGGAUGACUGGCUCUCAGUGGAGAAUCCUAAACAUGGCAGUGUGGAGAAGGAGGUCCUGGCCUCAUGCCCGGAUGAGCUGUGUGCUUUUGGCCGUGUCCUCUCCUCUCAGUUGCUCUUGGGGCUGGUGGACAGACACUUGUGGUGGUCAGUGUGGGAGCGUCCGGCACACAGCCUCUUCACCAGGGGCCAGAGGGUCAGCUGCUGUGCCCUGUCUCUGCACCUGUACCUGGCUCUGGGGGCACUGUGGUACGGCGCACUGGGCUCCACGGAACACAGUGGUCCUGUGUCUGCUCGCGUGCUGUUGAAUAUGGAGACGGUUGCCAUGGGGACAGUUUUGGCAUUGCUGGUGUUUCCUCUGCAGUGCCUGCUCUGUUUCCUGUUUGGGAAGACCUACAGUCCGGUGUCCAUGGAGCUGUCGGUGCCCCCCUCCCCCUUGUGUCACUCUGUGGAGAUGGACGUCUGUUUGGACCAAUCACGGCUCAGUGGACCCUCCUUCAUGUCUCUUCCCGACUCCUCUGCACCAAUCAGAGACAGCCCCUCCUCUUUCCUAGAGCUGGACUCGAGCCUGCUGGACUUGUGUGCGUCCUCUGGUUUAGCCCCACACUCCCCCAGUGAUGACGAAGAGGAGCUGUGGCCUUCCUGCACCAGCCUGCUCUCUGCGCCUGCCCAGUGUGAGGAGGAGGUCCCCACCCUGGGCCCUGCUCGCCUGCUCAGGAGGAAGAAGGCCCUGGUGCAGCGACACCAGUGCACCUCUAGAGUCCCCCGUUGUCCCCCCACCACCGGGACAGCACCGACCAACGGCCCCAUUCAAACAGGUCUGACCACGCUGCUCACACUGUCUGAACCUUUAAAUACUCACCUGUGUACAAUGUGUGUGGUUUUAUGUUUAAUAGAUGAGAACCUGAUGAUGUCCAUAGUUGCAGCAGAAGAUGUGCCUCAUCCAAAGAAGAAGAACUCAGACAGUGGAAGAGAUUCUCCUACCACCAUCUCCCCCUUAUCAACAUUUCACAGCACGUGUUCAAGCAGCUGGUCUGAGGACAGUGAAGUGAGGUACCUGUGGGAGGAGGACAACCCAGGCUCCAGUGCUCCUCUCUGGGAUGGAGCUCUAUACAGAAGUGCCUCAGUACCUUCCAUCGACUCUGUGGCCAGCACCGUCCUGCCCAGCCCCCCUCCAGACUGCACUCGCUGCCCUUCCUCCACACGCAUAGGUGUAGCUCGUGGUUCUCCGGGCUGGCUCUUGCCCUCCUGGACUCUGCAUGUGGUGUACCCCGUGGUGGCCAUGUUGAUCAUUACCUGCAUGGUGCUAGUUGGAGUGUACGGCAGCUUCUUCUCCAGGCCGGUGCUCCUCAUGUGGCUGGGCUCUGUCCUCUCAGCCUUCCUCACCUCUGCUCUGCUGCUGGAGCCUGCGAAAGUGUGUGCCCAGGCUGUGCUGUGCUCGGUCCUCUGGAGGCCAGUGGACACAGAGGCAGAGGAGCUCCUGUCCCAUGAGAGCAGUGUGGUGAGGUCCUUCACAGAGCACAGUGAACACAUCAGACCUCCAUGUGGAUACGGCCUGCUCCAGGCCAAACAGGAGGCAUACAAAGUCCGAGCACUCACCUCUCUCAUGAGGCACUGUGUGUGGCAGCUGCUCUUUCUGAUGCUGCUGUUGAUGGUGAACUACCAGGACCAUGUGGAGCAGCAGAAGGGCAGACUCCUGCACUCUGCCACCAAACAGCACCUCCACAGAGCACCUAUGGGUGUCCCCAACCUCACAGGCAUCAGGCACUGGGCUGAUGCAGAGCAGUGGGUCAGGUUGGUUUUGGUUCCACAUCUCCAUGAGCGUCCCUCUCUACGCCUGGCUGGGUUACCAUGGUUACAGUACACACACAGCCUGGGGCCAGCACAGGGCCUUCUAUUGGGAAAUAGCAGUAAGAGGACCCUCCAGUACAUCUCUGAGCUCCACAUGGACCAGUGGAGUCAUACAGACUCUUUGUCAGUGCGAUGGACACACUACCACACAGAGUCAGGCUUGUGGCUGUGUGUGCGUGUGCGCCUGCAUUUGACCCAGCUCCAAAGAGUGACCCGGGCCCUGUCCAUCCUUCCUCUACUCCUGCCCUCCUCCUCCUCACCACCGGACCUCCAGAUGGCGCUCUCGGUAUUGCUGGUGAUGUGCGGGCUGCUCAUGCUGGGGGCGGAGCUGUACUCAGUCCGGACUGAGCAUAUGCGGCUUCAGCAGCAGCCAAACAGCUUCAUUAGGUUCCACCGCGCGGCGCUUCUCUCUCAGAGGGCUUCACAAUGUGCUGCUGUUCUGCUCACUCUGCUCGUUCUCAGGCUUCUGGGGACCCUGCGCUUCGUGCGGAGGUGGGUGGUGAUGGGCAGGGUGCUACACAGGGCCUGGAAAGAGCUCAUGGCCAUUGUGCUGCUGCUAAUUCUAAUGCUACUGCUCUGCGGCCACAUUGCUAACACUGUGUUUGCUGAUACAGUGGAAGGCUUCGUGUCCCUGCAGCAGACGUCUGUAUCUGUGCUGUCCCUCCUGAGGGGACACAGGGCUGUCCACAGUCUGUGCAGGCUCCACCCACACCUGGGCUCUCUCUACUGUCUGCUGCUCACCGGGGGGACGCUCUGGCUGCUCGCUCGGAUAUGUGGAGCGGUUCUCAUUCGGGCGUACAGGUCAGAGAAGGUUGAGAUGUUCCGUCCAACCAUUGAACCCCAAGAUUACGAGAUGGUGGAGUUCUUCAUCAAGAGACUCAAACUGUGGAUGGGGCUGACGAAGACCAAGGAGUUCCGACACAGGGUCAAAUUCGAAGGCAUGAACGUUCCUCCUUCACGUUCAUCACAGAAUUCCCGUCCAUCUACCAUCUCCUCCGUCCCAUCAUUCCGAUCUCCAUCUCCUCGCCCGUUGUCUUCUUCUCUCUCCGUUAAGUCUGAAGAUUCAACUUUGUCAGCAAGCAAAUCGGACACAGCGCCCUCUCUCGACCGCCUACUGCCUAGCGUCACCGCCAUGCUGGCACAAUUUGACCGCGUAAACCAAAUAACGGAAGAAGUUUACCAGCUGGAAAUGAGACUUGAAGAUGCACAAAUAAAACGGCAAGCUGCUCAGAUUCAAAAACGCGUGGAGAAACUGAGCGAUGCUAAACCAGAAACAUCAGAUGUAGUUCGUCAAAGGAGAUCUGGCUUUCUCUACCCAAAUUCUCAACCGACGUCUACGAGAAAUUCAACUAGUGUACCUCCAAGAACUCGGAAUUCUUUCUCUGAAUCUGAAUCCUUUCCUCCUAAACCGCAUUUACGCAGGAAUACCUUCGGAGCGACCAAACCUUCGUCCGUUAGCAGUAGCCGUUGCAUGUCCCCAGCCGCAGGAUUCGUUCCACCGAUUCCCCGAAGAAGAGCGUGGCAUUCUGGGAGCUCGCAUUCGGCCGACGCGGCUCAGAGGAUACUGCAGUGGAAUGAGAGAGACAUCUGGGGCGUGGAGAGGCCGAGGAGCGAAGACGGAGCAAGGAGAGGGGUUCUAGAUGGGAUUCCGAUGAAGAGGAAGGCGUGGAUUUUGGAGGGAGGAGAAGGUGAGCAGGGUUGA